AAGCCUCUAUAACUCACAGUUUCUUCAACCAAUCAAACCCUAAAAGCAUCACUGAAUCGAUUAAAAUGAAGUGUAAAAUUCAUCCAGUACAGUUCUUCAAGAAGCUUCGUUCCAGGAUUCCUCGCCGGAGACGAUGGCAGAUUUCUCCGAUUCUGCGUACGUCUCUCUGUUCGAUUUUUUCUGAUGCGAAAACUUGCUCGGUUGAUUUCUCGGUUGAUUCGAGUGCGUAUUCUCAGUUGACGAGAGAUGUUUCGUGCAAUUCAAGCAGAGUUUCAGUUGGACCAGAUGAUUUGAAAAUCAGUAAACCUAGAGCUUCUCCGAAGAAGAUAGGUUUUCAGGAGAUCAGCGAAUCUGAAUCGAAAGAGGAGGUUCGGUGUGAAAACUCUCGACGAAUUACGAGGUCUUAUAGCAGACAGAGAGAGAGCGAGAAGGAGGAGAAGAGAGGAUUUGGAAAUGACGAAGUAGAAUUGUUGGAGUCUUCUUGCGUUGAGUCGUGUUCUGGAAGGAAAUCGGUGGAUAGAAGUUCGAAGUUGAGGAGAAGAACUGCUAAUGGAGCUGACAAUGCGAAGCGAAUUAGAGGAAUUGAAGAUUCUGAAGCAAUUACUCGAUCUGGAUUUUCUGGUGUUCAAACAGUUUUGGACGAAUUUUCCUGGAAAAUUUUGAAUUCCGGUGGAGAAAAUGUGAAAGGAACAGAUAAUUCAAUUGGAAUUAAGGAAAACGAAGUUGCUCCAGUUACUUCUGGUUUAGAAUCGUCAUCUGAAGUGAAAUUUGGAAGCAUCUGUUCAUAUAUCGGCAAAUUAUCUGACAAAACAAUCGAAGACGGUGAAAACAGAGUUUCUGGAACUGAAGUGUCACCAAAGAAUGCCGAUACGAAUUUCACAAUUUCGAAUUCCGAAUCGACUAUAGAACAGAAACCGAAGUUCAUUGCAGCUGAUUCUGAUCUCGCUUGUUCGGAGCAUCUCUCUUACGGAGACAUUUCAGAUUACUCAUCACUGUUUUCUGAACUACAAUCGGAGAUUUUACUGGAAGGUUCAGACCUAGAUUUUUCAGACUACACUCCAUCCAUAUGGUUCGACUCUGGAAGCCAAUUUUCCGAGGGAUCGGUCGGUGAUAAACCUCCAUCGCCUACUUUCUCGUUGUUCCUUCAUUACAGUCAACAAUUCUGCAGAUCAACCUCUCCAUUAAAUUCGAAAGUUCCUUCAAGCGUUGAAGAUGACUAUUCUGAUGGAUCCACAUUGUUGAGGUUUGAAGAUGAGGAAGACGAAGAGAGCUAUCAGAUGUUCAGAAACAGAGAGAGAAGGCAAGUGUAUCUACGCGACUACGCGGAGGAGUACUGCUCCGCGACGGAGUACGGCAAACUCAUCAUUCAGCAACGGUUGCAGAUGGUCCACUGGAUAGUUGAGCAAUCUGCCACAAAGGAUCUCCACAGGGAGACGAUGUUUCUUGGUGUUAACCUCCUGGACCGAUUCCUAUGUAAAGGGUUCUUCAAAAACAAGAGGAGUCUUCAAAUUGUUGGAAUUGCCUGUCUGACAUUAGCCACCAGGAUAGAAGAAAACCAGCCCCUCAACAGUGUGCGACAAAAGACAUUCGCUGUUGGGACCAUUGUGUAUAGCAGAUGUGAGGUGGUGGCCAUGGAAUGGCUAGUGCAGGAAGUCCUCAACUUCCAGUGCUUCUUGCCCACCGUCUACAACUUCUUAUGGUUCUACCUAAAAGCUGCAAGAGCUAAUGAAGCGGUGGACAAGACUGCCAAGUACCUGGCAGUGCUAGCACUACUGGGCCACGAGCAGCUGUGUUACUGGCCCUCAACUGUGGCAGCUGGCCUAGUCAUCCUUGCUUCUCUAGCAGCCAAUCAAGAUUCCUGCUGCCAUCGGAUAAUAGAGACUCAUGCCAGAACAAAAGAUGAUGAUCUACCCGGAUGCAUCAAGAGCCUGGAAUGGUUGGUGAAGUACAUAUAUUAGCAUUCAUUGGAAUGUGAAUAUAGCAUUUUUGUUUUCUUACACCUCUUCACACUUGGAUCACAAAGACAAGGGUGAUCAGGAGACAAAGGUAAUCUUUCUGUAGUUUGAUGAAAUAGAAUAACACAAAUCUAUUCCCUUCUCAGUGUAACAGGAGAAUGACACAUUGUCAUCGUUGUCGUUGUUGUAAGCUGUCCAUAGAAGAAAAUAUAAUCUGUAGACAAAAUAUGUACCUUCUUUUCAUAUGAAGCUUGUUACUGCUCAACAAAUGACUGAGUAUCGAAAAUAGAAUUUGU